GAACAAAUCCUGUUACAUAUUGAAGCUACAGAAUGAGCUUAUAGCCAACACUCCGACGAGUCUUUGAGCUGUCGGACUUCGCCGCACUACAUGGUCCACAUAUGAGGGAACACCGCACGUAAGCCUUUCCACUCUUACACACUCACCAUGGGCAAUUCAGCCUUGUAGCAGUCGAGCCUUGGCCCUACCAUACCACAGCUCACACUUUGCUGUAUAAGGCUCAGCAUCAUGGCUAUUGACCUCAGCUUCUCGGACCGUCUGGGAAGCAUUGUUGCCCUAACGAAUGCCUUCGUCACCUCAGGCAAAGACACUGGCACGGCUCGUAAGUCUGCUACGGAUCUUGAGAACGAAAUCUUUGAAACCGCUCAGUCUGGCGAAGAGUAUCAUCAAAAAUGUGCCUCUCACAUCAGCGAGCUCGAAUCGCCUACCACUCCCUCCCCUCCCGUGGAGACAGCAGUCGAAGCCGUCCCAGACGAAAUAUUGAAUAUUGAAGGCCCGACCCUUGGAGCAUAUCAAUAUGCUACUUUCCAUGCUGAUGGACAGAUGUCGACGAUCUUCAAAGCUCAAGCAAAGGAUCCUGAGGCUGCGGUUCGGAUCGUAGCUCUCAAGGUGACGCAUCCUGCUAUGAUGACACCACCCCAUAACUCCAAGCGCGAAGCCCGAAUCCUCGCCCUAGCAAAACAUAACCAUGUUGUACCGCUGCUGGAUAGCUUCGACGAGGCUGGGGGACGAUAUGUCCUGGUCUUCCCCUUUCUACGGCAAGACUUGGAAAACCUCCUCCGCUCAGGUCGAUUGGAUAGGAGACAGACUUCGCUUAUAUUCAAAGGCCUAUUCUCCGCGCUGAAGCACGUUCAUUCUUUAGGAGUCAUCCACCGGGAUGUUAAACCUUCAAACAUCCUGCUCAAGACCAUGGAAGGACCCGUGUAUCUCGCAGACUUUGGCAUUGCAUGGUCACCCAAGGACGUGGAUUCUGAGGCCUCAGACGAGAAAAUCACCGACGUCGGCACCACGUGUUACCGCCCGCCCGAAAUUCUCUUUGGUGACCACUCUUAUGAUUCGUCGUUGGACAUGUGGGCCGCUGGCUGUGUUGUUGCAGAGAUGAUUAAAGCCGACCACCAGCCCUUGUUUGAUGCAGGUGCUUUGGGGAGUGAAUUGGGGCUCAUCAAGUCCAUCUUUGAAUCCCUGGGUACUCCCAACGAGACGAUCUGGCCUUCGGUUAAACGAUACCCAGACUGGGGAAAGAUGCGCUUCAAGGACUUUGCUGCUCGAUCAUGGGAUGACUUACUUCCUGGGGUGACCAAAGGAGCCGUCGACUUUGUCAGCCGCACCGUCUGCUACGAAAGUACUUUGAGACUGACAGCGCAUGAGGCACUAGAUCAUCUGUUUGCAGCUGAGCUUCAGAGACCUUGA